AGUAGGCGCCUCUCUGGUGAGAGGAGGCGGCUCCAGCCCGCAGCCUGGGGUAGUUGCUACUAUUGGCCCCCAGCGCCCGCUCUGCGCGCGCGCCGUUUCUGGCGGAUCCCCAGUGCGCUGCGCGCUGUUUACACCGGCGUGGUACUAGUCACCGAGCCGCACCCCUCGGAAAGCGCGGAGUCGAUGACAGCCACUUCACAGGCUCACGCGCUCCUAGUGUGGGCUUGAAGGGGACGGGGACCGAUUACCAAAGGAGAGCGCUGAGUACGGAAGACACAGGGCAGCCUUUGUCUUGGGUUUAGCGCUGAUGCGCUCAACCCUGAAUCGGGUUCACUGCAACUGUUGUGUCCGAUUUCGGUUCCCUGCAACCGCCCUCCUGGGCGAGAGAUGUCAUUGUGUUCCUGCGGCCAGCGGGACUGAGAGCUGGGACUUAAGACGCCAGGAGGGUCCUGCGCUCACGGGAAAUGUACCCCAAAAGAACUCUGAGAGAAUAUACUCAACUGUCCUGCUGUGAUUAAACAAGACUGCUGUAUUUUACCUGAGCUUGGCAAAGCAAGGAUAUGAACAAUUGUGCAGGUGGGCUACUCAGGGCGAGUGAAGAGAUAAGGCAUCCAAUCGGGGAUUGGCCACCUGCAGCCCUGCCAAUAUGCCCCUCCACCAGAUUUCCGUAAUCCCAGCACGGGAGACUGCCAGCAAUGGGAGAAAUUCAAUGGGCAGAAACAAAGAGAAGAACAAGGAAGUCGAGAAUUUCAGAAAUUGAAAAGGGAUAAGAGGAAGGAGAAAAUGCUGGGCUGGUGUGAAGCGAUAGCCCGUAACCCUCACAGAAUUCCAAACAACACGCGAACACCCGAGAUCUCAGGGGAUUUGGCUGACGCGUCACAAACCUCCACACUGAGUGAAAAAUCCCCAGGGCGAUCUGCAAGUCGAUCAAGUAACAUCUCAAAAGCAAGCAGCCCAACAACAGGGACAGCUCCCAGGAGCCAGUCAAGGUUGUCUGUCUGUCCAUCCACUCAGGACAUCUGCAGAUCUGCCAUCUUGCAUGACAUGUCAGAAGAGUCAUUUGAGUAUUGCACCCCUGUCAUGGUGCUGAGCCCUGCUAGGAAGGAGUCUGGUAAGAAAUCAGUAAAACAAAGACCUAGGAGGAGGAGAAAAGCCUCUGAGAGAUAUGAGCAUGCUGCAGAAGAACAAAUAAGAGGGAGAAAAAAUGACUUUCACCUUCAAAUCUCAAGCCCCAGGUGGAGGGAGCUUUACACAGAUUCUUCAGAUUCAUCUUCCACAGAUGAGAGUCAUUGGAUUCAGGCAAAAAGAAGAGCCCAGGUUAAAUUCAGACUGUCAAGAAGAAGGAGGAGAAAUAAUAAUAAGCCAUGUGAAAACUUAGCUGGGUCUUCCACUCCUAACGGAAUUGAGCUCGUUGAUCUGGGAUCCAAAGGUAAAGAGCAACAAGAGCUGAUUGAAUGUGAGAGUUGCUCUUUAAAUCUCCACAGAGGAAAACAUACAAGGCACCAAGAAUGCAACCCUUCUCUGACUCAAGGACCCUCUGAAAUUAAGAGAUCCUCAAGGAAUCAUGAGAAGAGCAAAGGUAGAUAUCACCACAGAGAUCCUCGGCUCUUGCAAAGUCUUAGGAAAAAUGAAAUAAUGAAGAAGACAUUUUCAGAAACAGAUUCCAGCACUGAAAUACUGGGAGUUCCAGAAGGCAGCAAGGACAUGAAUGAUGCAGGGCUCCAGGUGAAUAACCCUGUUCAGAAGCCUCCUGCCACCUAUGACGAUGGGUCUGAUAAUUUAGAAGUAUGCAGAAUCUGUCACUGCGAAGGGGAUGAAGAGAGCCCCCUCAUCACACCCUGUCGCUGCACUGGGACACUGCGCUUUGUCCACCAGUCCUGCCUCCACCAGUGGAUAAAGAGCUCAGAUACACGCUGCUGUGAGCUCUGCAAGUAUGACUUCAUAAUGGAGACCAAGCUCAAACCCCUCCGGAAGUGGGAGAAACUACAGAUGACCACAAGUGAAAGGAGGAAAAUAUUCUGCUCUGUCACAUUCCACGUAAUCGCGAUCACCUGUGUGGUUUGGUCUUUGUAUGUAUUGAUAGACCGGACAGCGGAGGAAAUCAAGCAAGGCAAUGACAAUGGUGUCCUUGAAUGGCCAUUUUGGACAAAACUGGUUGUGGUAGCCAUUGGCUUCACAGGAGGUCUUGUCUUCAUGUACGUACAGUGUAAAGUCUACGUUCAGUUGUGGCGCAGGCUGAAGGCCUACAACCGUGUGAUCUUUGUACAAAAUUGCCCAGACACUGCCAAAAAACUGGAGAAGAACUUCUCAUGCAAUGUAAACACAGACAUCAAAGAUGCUGUGGUAGUGCCUGUACCACAAACAGGUACAAAUUCACUGCCAUCUGCAGAGGGUGGCCCCCCUGAAGUUGUAUCAGUUUGAUGGAACCUGUUGGGAGUUUCUUCACUGAAGAAUAUCUUUCUAGCCCACAGCCACUACAAACGACAGAAGUGAUCUUGAAUUAUUUACUCCCUUCAGCUCCUCCUUUCUCCUACUGACACAUUUUUCCUGACUUUGUUCAAAGAGGAAAGGAGAAAAACAGACCAAAUGCCCAGGAGCCCAUGAAGUAAUAGCGUAAAGUAUGAUAUGGAAAUGUGAAGUUUGCAAGAGAAUGAUUUCUAAGACAAUUAAGAACUACUGGGGCAAUGAAUGCUUUUAGGCAGUAAUCAAAGAUUAAAUGGACCCAUGAUACUCUUCUUCACAGUAACAGGGGAAAAGUUCAAGAAUACAGACUUGAAUUGCAAUGUGUAUUACUUCUAGGGCCUUGUAAUGUUAACUGUCUCAUCUGGAAAUAACUAACAUAUUUGGUUUUAAGCCUGAAAUCGUCUGCAUUAUCCCUAAGUCACAUUGGAAGUGAACUUGGAGGAUGCAUAUUUUGAUAUGCUUCGACAGCUAACAGAUUUGUAUGGUUUAGUGGAGUCUGGUUAUUUUGACAGAUGCAUGUUUUUUUAAAUAGAUGCAAUAUACAUUUGAAGACAUUGAUAUUUGGAAUUAUGUUUAAGUCACGCAAAAGAUUUUCAGAAAAUGUUCGGAUAUAAUUAGCUCUGUUAAAUACCCACAGAACUCAGUUAUCAGGGCUUAUAUUUUUACCUGGUUCCUCUAAUACAGUGCUGUCCAAUAGAAACACAACAGCCACAAAUGCAGGCCACAGAUGCAAAUAUUUAACUUCCCAGUAGCCCUAUUUUAAAAAGUAAAAAUAAACGUUUGUUAAAAUGAAUUUUGAUUUUUUAAAAACACUAUAUAUGUUAUUUCAACAUGUCAUCAUCAAUAUAAAAACAUUGAUUGAUUGAUUGAUUUGAUAGUUUACAUCUGUUUCUUGACAAGUUUUCAAAAUCCAGUUGGUAAUUUAAAAGUACACUUCAACUUGAAUUAACUAUAUUGGAUAGCACAGCCGUAAAAUUAGAGACUAGGCUUCUGCUUUAUUUAACAGUUGUUGAAUAUUUCAAAACAGUUUAAUUCUUUUAUUUCAAAGUCUCACAAAAGUUAGUUAUGAUUUUUAAAAGCAUUAAAUUAAAUUAAGUGUCCUCAUUUUAAAGUCAGAUGAAGUUCACAUCUCUAAAGGGUAAAAAUCCAAAAGUAUAGAAAGAUAAAACAAUCUGCCUGUAGCAAAGUUGUGAAAUUAAUUUGUUACUAUGAAGUACUUACAAUAGGGGAAUAAAAUUACCUACUUUUGUUAUUAAAUCAAAUGUGUAAGGCUUAUUUCAUCCAUAUGAGGUGUCAACUUGACAGAUGAUGAGUAAUUAUGACUAAGAAUCUAGCCCUUACUUUUAAAAACUGACAGGAUUUCCCUUGCUCAGUUAGUUAGUUAGAAAACAAAAAUAUUCAACAGAUUCUGUGAUAAGUAAUUAAUUGUUUAGGUUUGACAGUUGAUUAUUGUGUUCUUUGCAUAUUCAUGUAAAACUGAUGUGUGAAUGACAUUGCAGUGAGCUAGAUUAAUGGUGAUUAUAGAUACAGUAGCCUGUCAAAGAAAGAUGUCCUACAUUAAAAAAGGUGACUUAUUUUUGUUAGCUGUCAUUAUUUAUUAACAUGAAAAGGCAAUGAUGGCCAUAAGAACCAAAGCAUGAGUAUCACACUGCACAAAUCUGGGUAUCACAUGGAUGCACUUUGUAAUUAUCAGUGUGCUUGUUCUUCACAGAUCAUAGGAAAAAGGAAAAAAAAAACAAACCUUUAAAUGAGGAGAAAGAUGGUAUGAAUAUUAGUAGUGGCUGACACUGAGUCCAAAUAGUCUUGAUUCCUAGAAAUAAACAAAAGGUAAACAAUGUCAA